AAAAAUACCGAAAGAAUUGUCCGUGAUGCGUAUGUUUUAUUUUAUGAACGAAUUGAAUGUACCAAUGAUGGCCAAACACAAGCAAUACCAUCAAAUGUGAAUCAAGUGCCACUGAAUGCACCAAAUGCCAAUCCACAGCCAUCCACAUCGACAUCGGCAGUGGCAGCCGCAUGAACAUCAGCAGCUACAACGACAACGACAACGACAAAAAAGCCAUUGAAACGCCAAAACGAAAUGAGAGCAAAACGAGGUGAAACAACAAAUAAAAACCUAGAACAAUUCACCGUGGUGAUGACACUGAAUCAAUUUUUGCGCGAUGAAAAAGUUUUCCCAGACAAACAAUGUCUGAGUGAUUUAAUUAAACGAGUUGUGGUCAAUUCCCCAAAAAUGUUCAAAUUGGCAUCGCUUUAUGUGCACUUCAUAUUGAAUCAGUUGGUUGAAAAUGGUUCCGAUGUCGAAAUCCGUCGUGAAUUUUUGGCCAAAUUCAAUGCAAACAAAUAUUUCACAGCAUUGAAAGAAACCCCACUCCAUACACCAGCAUACACAUUGGACAAUGAAUUUCGUGAUUUUUUCAUCGAAAACGACAUCGAAACCAAAUUGGAUUUCGAAAAUGCCAACCAAGUAUUGAAAUUUGCGAUCGAACAAUACGACCAAAAUGCGAAAUUAAUCGUGAAAACGCACAUGAGACGAUACAUGCGAAAAUAUUUCAAAAAUUUGGGUGCAACAAAACAUCAAAUAAACAAAACCAUGGAUUAUCUAUGUGACCGAAAUUCAACGUGUCGACCAAAUGCCAAUUUAUUGAAUCGCUAUUUGGAAGAAUUGAAACCAUUGGUGCCACCACAAGAGGUACAACCACAGCGACGGCGACGACAAACGCCACCACGGCGUGGGCCUCAAAGUGGACGAGGAAGGCGACGAGGUCGGCAACGAGGGCGACGAGGACGGCAACAACAACCGUUGCCAGUGCCACGCGGUUGGUUGAUUGAGACGCACAGCAAAUUUGAGUGGUACAAGUACGUUUACGAAUUGUUGAAUUUACAACGUGUAAUCCAUGCGCACAAUGCAACCAAUCCGCAUCGAAAUUGGUCAUCGUUUGUGGCAGUGCAACAAUCAAGCAAUGCCAAAUAUCAUGCAAGAUUCGAUACAGAUGGAUUCGUACUGCUGACAAAUCUCUUGUAUGAAGCAGGGACUGGUCAAAAAAUCCCAUCGCACAGAGGUCCGUGGACGCAUGCCCAACACAAUGCAUUUUGGCGUCGAUUUGUAAAUUUGGACAAAAUCAAUAAGCCGAGUCAAUAGUUUGACUUUUCAUUCACCACCGAUGGAUAUUCAGUUCAUUUGAAAAUGAUUCGGCGAUCCAGAAACGUUAACACCAACAAUAACAACAAAAACAAUGAUGAUGAUGGUGAUGAUGACAAUAAUGCAGUUCCGAAUCCAGAACAACCGGAUCCAGUGCCGCCAAUCAUUCAACGUGCUUACGAUUCAGGACAAAUUGAGAGAAUUAUCGGUUGUGAUCCGGGCUACAGAGAAUUUGUGGGGGUCGUACGCAAAGAUUUAGCGACCGAUAAUGAAGAAAAUUUUCUGAAAUCAUCGAAAGAGUGGCACCAUAUGACCGGUUUUUUCGACCGCCAAUACAAACUGAAGCGAUUUACGGGUGCGUUUGAGAAAAAAUGUCGUAAACUGCGAGAAAAUCGCGAAAUCUAUGAGGAAACGCCAUCGAAGAAAAGCGCUGACUAUCAUACCUAUCUGGAUUACCAGCUGGAUGUAUUCAAUGAAUCAUGCGAGAUAAAGUAUCAAAAACGUGUGGUUCGUUUAAAGUUUGAUGCAUAUACACGUACGCAGGUAGCAUUGCAUGUGUUGGUGAAGCAAAUGACAAAAGUCGAUCGUAGAAUGUCGGAUGCUGAGAAAACAGUGAUAUUGGCAUUUGGUGGUGCAAAAUUUGCAUCAAACUCCCCAAUCAAAGGAUAUCUACGGUGUCCGCAUCGUGCAUUGCAACAAAUGGCACGUGAAUAUGUAUUUGUUUUGCCAAUCAACGAACAUAAUACAUCGCGGAAGUGUAGUCGAUCAGGACGUAAGCUGAAGAAACGAAGAAGUGUGCCAGAACGUCAAUCAAAAGACCGUUUUCUAGUUUGCCCCAACUGUAAACCGGUCGAAGAUGGCGUUUUUCACGAUCCAAUUCAAUGGACAGGCAGAGUUCAUCGUACUUUCAAAAAGAAACAUCAAGAAUGGAAAUACCGUUCCAUAUGUACAUUCCAUCGACCGGUUCCAGAAGCAAAUCCAAAUCCACAACCAAAACAAAAGAAAAAGAGAUACAAGAAGCAGCUGGAACCGAAAACAACAGUUAUAUUCAAUCGCGACAUAAAUGCAGCGAGAAAUAUGAUUAAAAAGGGAUUGUACAUGCUGGAUCAUCUGCCGAUGCCAAAUUGUUUUCGACCAUUCGGGCAUCAACUCCAUUAUUAUUUCAACAAUUAAAAUCAAAAAUUAAAAAUAUAAGCACGGACGUCUACGCGAACAUUCUCACAAUGGGAAUCUCAUUGUUUCAAACAAUGAUACCAAGACCUAGUAGUGGACGAUGCUAACAAGUACUAGAAAUAGUAACAGACAAUUUCGAAGUUGUUCAACGAAAUGCCAAAUCGCUUCGACAAAGCUGACACGUCACCAAAAUAUUUUAUACACGUCGAGUAGCAUUGACUGGACUCGUACAAAUGCUCAGAAUUGCGCUUUCCUUUCAUCACGUUAGUUAAACACGAUUCAGUUUUGUUUCUAGAAAUACAGUACAAAGAACAUCCGCUGGCGUAAGUAUUUUCAUCUGAUCCACAAACUCCAUCGUCCAGGAAUGGUGUAAUAGAUCUGUUGCUGUGCAAUUGCUACAGUUAUUCCAAAUAUUGAAAUUUGAUUCUUCAUUUUAAUUUAACAAUCAAAACAACAACAAAAUUGUAUCGACACGCUUGAUGUUUUUGUUCUAUACACACCAAUAAUGUUUAUCUAUGUAUUCAUACAAUCACAAACCCCUCUCCUGUCUGACCAGCUAUGGAUAUAUAGCAACGUAAUAAAUAAAGAUGUGUGUUUUAUUAUGGGAAGUACCCAGUUUAAAUUUUAAACCUUAAAACAUAUAAUUUACUGAUAUAUUUUUUUUAUAAAAGUAUAUGUACAAAUCUCUCUAGAGAUGAUUUAUUAGUCCUCUAAAUAUCUUUAUUGCGUUUCUGUACAAAG